AUGCAUUCUACUACAACCGGAGCAGGAGGAAGAUCAGGAUCAAGAUCAAGAUCGACCUCAGCAGCAGGAGCAGGAGCAACAACCACGUCAUCAUCAACAGCAAGAAUAUUAGGUCCUACUCUUUUCCAAGAUGAAACUAAUUCUAGCGCUAACCCCAAAUAUAUUCAACAAUAUUUAAGAUCGAUUAUCAUUCAUUCAUUAGAUACAUUGAAUUAUCAGAAUGCCGAAUUUGCCAGUGAAAGAUUAUUAGCUUUAAUGGAACAACAACGUGACCAACAGAUAUCACAACAGCAGAAUCACCACCAACAACAACAACAACAACAACAACAACAACAAAGAGAUGAAGAAAGCGAUGACUUUUUAGACUCAAUGUAUUUAUAUUGUCUUGUUUUAUACCGACAAGAUAAAUAUAAAACUUGUUAUUUUAAAUUGAGUAACUUGAAAAAGUUUGAUCAUCAUUUAAGUUGUUCAUUUCUUUAUGGUAAAUGUUGCUUAAAAUUGAAUAAAUUCAAAGAAGGAAUAUUUCAUUUAAUUAAAACUAAGAAAUAUCACGAUAUAAAUAAUACUAAUAACACGUCUAAAUUUUCUGGCACAAACACAAGCAACAACAAUGACCGAUUUAAUAAAUUCAAUUAUGAAUACAAUCGUAACAUCAGUUCAGAUAUAUCACUGAUUUAUCAUAUAUUGGGUGAUUUAUAUCGGGAGGUAAAUGAUUUGAAGAAUAGCUGUAUGAAUUAUACUUUAUGUUUGAAAUUAAAUCAAUUUGAUUUUGAAGCAUUUCAAAAAUUAUGUAAAUUGGGAGUUAAUAUUAGGGUCAAAUCAAUUUUCAAAUUUCAACAUCAACCAUAUAGUAAAAAUAAUAUUAAUAAUGCAUUCACAAGUGCAAAUGCAAACUCACAUGCAAACAAUGAAGGUCCAACAAUACCUGAUUUAACGAAUCCAUUUACUGAUAGAUCAUUCAACUCAAAACUAACCCCAUCUAUUCAUGUUGACGAAUUUAAUUUUUCAACACCAAGAGUGAAAACUACGAAUGCUAGUACAAGUUCUGAUGCCCCAUUACGCAAAUCAAAUUUAAACAAUGGAUCAACAGUGAAUACAAAUUCAAACAAUGGCGGUGGUACUGGUCAUACCAAUAAUCCUAAUUCUAUUGCUGCUGCAGCUGCAGCUGCUACCGCUGCCACGGCUAGUACAACAAAUAAUAGCAAUACCAAUCAUGAUUUUGAGUUUACCAAACCUAAUUACCCCGAUGAUAAAAGAAAGAGUCAAAGCACUUAUUCAAGAAUAACGUCAAGAUUAAUUUCUCAACCGCAAAACCAUCACCAUCACCAUCACCACCAGCAACAACAACAACAACAACAACAAACAGGAUCUUCACAGAUGGAAACACCCAAAAAGAGAAAUUUGAAACGGAAUAACUCGGCAACAUUAGAUCCAAUGUAUCAACAGGGCACUUCAGCAUCUAAUUCAACUGCAAAUUCAAUUUCAGGAAUAGGUGGUGCAACAUCACCAGCAACGUCAUCUUCUACUGCCUCGGCAUCUUCACGAUCUUCAUCGUCCUCUAUCAUAAUCACCAAAGAGAUUGAAAAAAGUGAAAAACACCUUUUACAAUUAUAUUUGAAUUUAGGGAAGAGUUAUCGAAGCAUGUGCAAGUAUGAUUGCUACAAAGCCAUAAGAAUGUUGGAAACGUCUUUGAAUGAAUUUGAGAAAAAUACACCGUGGGUUUUGAGUAAAUUAGGGAGAUUACAUUAUGAAAUUGUUAAUUAUCCUCAAUCGGAAUUUUAUUUCACUAAAUUAAGAAGAUUGGACCGCACUCGUUUACAAGAUAUGGAAUAUUAUCUGACGUUAUUGUGGCAUUUGAAUAAAAAAGUAGAAUUGACUUAUUUAGCCAAUGAAUUACAUGAUUUACAACCUAAUGCUGCCAUCACUUGGUGUGUUAUAGGUAAUUUAUUUUCAUUAAUCCAUGAACCCAAUGAAUCAAUCAAAUGUUUCAAUAGAGCAAUUAAAUUGGAUAAAAAAUUUACUUAUGCUUACACAUUAAAAGGUCAUGAAUAUUUUAGUAAUGAUAAUUAUGAAAUGGCAUUAGAGAAUUUCCGGAUCAGUUUAUUAUUAGAUCCUCGUCAUUAUAAUGCCUUGUAUGGUUUAGGUAUGAUCUAUAUCAAUCUUGGUGAUUAUGAGAAAGCCGAUUAUCAUUUCCGUAAAGCGAUUUCUAUUAAUCCAAUCAAUAUAAUUUUGAUUUGUUGUUGUGGUAUGGUGUUGGAAAAAUUGAAUAAACGAACUUUAGCCAUUAAACAAUACGAAUUAGCCCAUAAAUUACAACCAUUAAAUCCAUUACCAAUUUUUAAAUUGGGUCAAUUAUAUUUUAGUUUGAAAAAUUAUCUGUUGGCAUUGAAAAAUUUCGAAAUAUUGAAAAAUUUAGCUCCUAAUGAAGCAAGUGUCCAUUUCUUAUUAGGACAAUUGUAUAAUUUACAAAAUGAUAAAUUUUUGGCGAUUAAAGAAUUCACAGUUGCUUUGAAUUUAGAUCCAAAGGGUAAUUAUUUAAUUCGUGAAGCCAUGGAAUCAUUGAAAAAAAGCUGA